AUACGGAGUUUGAAAUUUGAGCUUCGCUGGCUCCUAACUUUUGCUUUGAGGUUGGCAAAGGACUCACAUGGCUUUCAUUACCAUCAUUCAUCAAACAGAGAAAGGAUAAAGAAAAAAGAAAUAUCAAGAAGAAUCAAGAACCCUCCUCGAAAAUGACCUUCCCUUUUCUUUAAAUCACUGUUCUUGCUUACUUUCCUGAUCAUCAGCUUUCUUUUCAGAUUCCACUUACCUUCUUAGAUUGCAGAAACUAGUAAAUUAAAUUUACUUGCUUUUAUUUAUUUAUUUAUUUCCCUUUGAUUAUAAGAGUUUCGUUUGUCAUCUUCAUGGACCUGUCCACCACCAAGAGAAGAGCACUGCUUAAGGUCAUUGUUCUUGGCGAUAGUGGGGUGGGGAAGACUUCCUUGAUGAAUCAAUAUGUAUAUAAGAAGUUUAGCCAUCAGUAUAAAGCUACAAUUGGCGCUGAUUUUGUCACGAAGGAACUACAAGUUGAUGACAAGCUGGUGACUCUGCAAAUAUGGGAUACAGCAGGGCAGGAGAGGUUUCAGAGUUUAGGAGCCGCUUUUUACAGAGGAGCAGAUUGCUGUGUUUUAGUAUAUGAUGUGAAUGUACUUAAAUCAUUUGAAACACUUAACAACUGGCAUGAAGAGUUCCUCAAACAGGCAGAUCUAGUUGAUCCUGAUGCAUUCCCUUUUAUAGUAAUCGGAAAUAAAAUUGACAUAGAUGGUGGAAACAGUCGAGCGGUUUCACAUAAAAAAGCUACAGAUUGGUGUGCAUCUAAAGGAAACCUACCAUACUUUGAAACCUCAGCGAAAGAGAACUACAAUGUAGAUGAAGCUUUUCUAUGUGUUGCCAAAGUUGCACUAGUUACUGAACAUGAACAUGACCAUGACAUGUCUUGCAGUUACUUUCAAGGUAUAUCAGAAACUGUUUCAGAAGUUGAACAAAGAGGAGGCUGUGCAUGUUGAUCAAUUGAUAUCUCAUUCCUUUAAUUUUUUUAUUAUUAUUGUUAUUAUUCUAUAUUCAUAUUACUAAUUAGGAAUUAGAAGGUGUUCUGAAGAUUGACUAACCUAAUCUUUUACCCUUUAAUUUGUAACCAUUUAUUGAAAUGAGAGAAUCAAAUUCACAUAAGAUUAAACCUGAACUAACUUAGAUAUUAAA